GCGGGCGGCGUCAUGGAGAUCUCCAAGAAGCAUACCCUUCAAUCGACCGGUAUCUACGAGCGUAUCCGCCGCGCCCUCGCCAUUGACCCGAACCGCUCCUCCGGCGUGCCCCUCAACGCGACCUUCCGCAACCCGACGCCGGGCGCCCUCGAUCCCCUCACCUACGACGACCCCGUCACCAUUCCCGCGGGCGACAUCGCCGACAAUGCCUACUUCCGCCGCGACACCCGCCGUGCCUACCCCAAGCUCAGCGUGGUCUCGCAGUCCGACGUGGUGAGCCUGCUCACCGUCGGGUCCGCCGCGAACCCGAAAGUCGAGCUCAUCGGCGAGGCGGGCGAGCAGGCCCUCGUCGAGGCCCGGGCUGAGGGCGAGAAGAAAGGCGGCCUCGCUGCGUUUCUGGAGAACAAGGGCAAGGCUAUUGAGGAGGUCAGUAAGGACGUUUUCGUCAAUGGCUUGCCGCCCACCCCGGCGGGCGAGAGGAUCCAGGCCGACGGAUCGUGGCAUGUUUACAAGUUCAAGCCCAACGAGGAUCAGGCCUAUGGCGAUGGCUAUCCUUGCCGGACGUUCUCAUGAACAGGGGUGGCGGGGUGGUGAUGUUAAAAGACACAGGGAGCCUAGAGAGCGGCCGUGUAUGAGAAGCAAGUCUUAGAAAUCUUAGACUACCUAAGUUGCAGUCCUAAGCUACCAUCUAAAUUUUUAUUUUAUUUUUUUGUCUUA